GCCGCUUUUCCUUGUGCGGCAGGAUCAGCUGAGCGCGGCGAUCACGUGGGCGGCGUGUCGAAGGUCACAGCGCGGCUCACAAUGGAGCUGUCGGAGUCUGUGCAGAGCGGCUUGCAGAUCCUCGCCGAUCGUGGCCGCUUCUCCCCAAGAGCUUAUGCGGUUCUGGUGGAGACUGCUUUCCGGAGCUUGCUCAGCGGGCAGGCCGACCAGGCCGCCUUAGAUCACCCAGACUUGGAACAAAUUGAUCCAGCAGUAUUAAAAUAUUGCCAUGCAGCAGCUGCAACUUGUAUAGCAGAAGCUGGAAAGCAGGGAGCUGACAAAUCUGCCAUAAGCACCUUUCUAGAGGACUGUAAGUUUGACAGAGAAAGAAUUGAACAAUUUUGCACUGAAUACCAGAAAAAUAAAGAUAACUUGGAAAUAUUAUUGGGAAGUACAGGCAGAUGUCCACAACAUAUAAAUGAUGUUUGUUGGCGUUUGGAAUAUCAGAUCAAGACAAAUCAACUUCAUAAAAACUAUUGCCCUACCUAUCUGGUGACCUUAAAUGUAGAGAACAAUGACUCAAGAUCUCACCCAGACAUUGAUUUUAGUUGUUCUAUGGAGCAGUUACAGGAUUUAGUUGGAAAACUAAAAGAUGCAGCUAAAAGCCUAGAGAGAACAACUCAGCAGUGACUGCAGAUUUUGACAGUGAACUGGAUCCAAGAAGAAGAUAAAUUGUUGGUUUAUAAAUUUAUUUCCUUUGUUCAUACCUUUUUAUGAAACUUUGAUGCACUUAUGCUGGAAAGGAAUUCAUACUUUGUACACAAUAUUGCAAGAUUUGUGUGUAGCCAAGACUGCUGCAUUUGAUGUCAUGUCUUACAGAAAUAUUUAAUUGUUUGACAGUUGUCUCAGUUUCUCUUUCUAAACAAGACUUUGAUUUUUGCAUUUCCAUUUUUACCCUCUAAUAAAAAGAGAGAGUUAAUCU